AUGGCCGGCCACACGCAGCAACAGAGCGGGCGCGGGAACCCCGGCCCGGGCCCCGGGCCCGGCGCCUCAGAGCGGGUGGCGCUCAAGAAGGAGAUCGGGCUGGUGAGCGCCUGCACCAUCAUCAUCGGAAACAUCAUCGGCUCAGGCAUCUUCAUCUCACCCAAGGGUGUCCUGGAGCACUCGGGCUCUGUGGGUCUGGCCCUGUUCGUCUGGGUCCUGGGUGGGGGCGUGACUGCUCUGGGCUCCCUCUGCUAUGCAGAGCUGGGAGUUGCCAUCCCCAAGUCCGGUGGGGACUAUGCCUACGUCACAGAGAUCUUCGGAGGCCUGGCUGGCUUCCUGCUGCUCUGGAGCGCCGUCCUCAUCAUGUACCCCACCAGCCUGGCUGUCAUCUCCAUGACCUUCUCCAACUACGUGCUGCAGCCUGUGUUCCCCAACUGCAUGCCCCCUGCCACUGCUUCCCGAGUACUCUCCAUGGCCUGCCUGAUGCUCCUGACGUGGGUCAACAGCUCCAGUGUGCGCUGGGCCACGCGCAUCCAGGACGUCUUCACAGGAGGGAAGCUGCUGGCCCUGUCGCUCAUCAUUGGCGUGGGCUUUGUCCAGAUUUUCCAAGGACACUUCGAGGAGCUGCGACCCAGCAAUGCCUUCGCCUUCUGGAUGAUGCCCUCGGUGGGUCACCUGGCCCUGGCCUUCCUCCAGGGUUCCUUUGCCUUCAGUGGCUGGAACUUCCUCAACUAUGUCACUGAGGAACUGGUUGACCCUCGAAAGAACCUACCUCGUGCCAUCUUCAUCUCUAUCCCACUGGUGACCUUCGUGUACACCUUCACCAACAUCGCCUACUUCACUGCCAUGUCCCCCCAGGAGCUGCUGUCCUCUAACGCAGUGGCCGUGACCUUCGGGGAGAAGCUGCUGGGCUACUUUUCUUGGGUCAUGCCCGUCUCCGUGGCACUUUCCACUUUCGGAGGGAUCAAUGGCUACCUGUUCACCUCCUCCAGGCUGUGCUUCUCUGGAGCCCGAGAAGGGCACCUGCCCAGCCUGCUGGCUAUGAUCCACGUCAGACACUGCACCCCUAUUCCUGCCCUCCUUGUCUGCUGUGGGGCCACAGCAGUCAUCAUGCUCGUGGGAGACACAUACACGCUCAUCAACUACGUGUCCUUCAUCAACUACCUCUGCUAUGGCGUCACCAUCCUGGGGCUGCUCGUGCUGCGCUGGAGGCGGCCAGCACUCCACAGGCCCAUCAAGGUGAACCUUCUCAUACCCAUCACCUAUUUGGUCUUCUGGGCGUUCUUGCUGGUCUUCAGCUUCAUCUCAGAGCCCAUGGUCUGUGGGGUGGGCGUCAUCAUCAUCCUCACAGGGGUGCCUAUUUUCUUCCUGGGAGUGUUCUGGAGAAGCAAACCAAAGUGUGUGCACAGACUCACAGAAUCAUUGACACACUGGGGCCAGGAGCUGUGUUUCGUGGUUUACCCCCAGGACUGCCCCGAGGAAGACAAUGGCCCCUGCCAGCCCUCCCCACUGCCGGCCACAAACAAGCCCUUGAAGACACAAUGA